AUGGGAUCCCUGCAGCCCAAUGCUGUCGUAGUUGCAGUGGCCGCCGUAGUCCUGGCGGCGCUCGUCGGCGGCGUGUCGUGCUGGACCAACGGCGGCCCCAAGGUGCCGCCGGGCCCCAACAUCACGGCCGACUACGACGGCAAGUGGCUCGCCGCAAAAGCCACCUGGUACGGCAGUCCCGUCGGCGCCGGCCCCGUCGACAACGGCGGUGCGUGCGGGAUCAAGAACGUGAACCUGCCACCCUACAACGGCUUCACGGCCUGCGGUAACAUCCCCAUCUUCAAGGACGGCAAGGGCUGCGGCUCAUGCUACGAGGUGAGAUGCAAGGAAAAACCCGAGUGCUCGGGCCAGCCGAUCACGGUGUUCAUCACCGACAUGAACUACGAGCCCAUCGCUCCCUACCACUUCGACUUCAGCGGCAAGGCCUUCGGCUCCCUGGCAAAGCCCGGCCUCAACGACAAGCUCCGCCACUGCGGCAUCAUGGACGUGGAGUUCAGGAGGGUGCGGUGCAAGUACGCGCCCGGCAAGAACAUCGUGUUCCACGUGGAGCACGGGUCCAAUCCCUCCUACCUAUCGCUGAUGAUCAAGUUCGUGGCGGGCGACGGCGACAUCGUGCAGAUGGACCUCAAGCGGGAGGCGUCGCCGGAGUGGGAGCCGAUGCACCACUCGUGGGGCGCCGUCUGGAGGAUAAUAGACCCGCACAGGCCGCUCAAGGGCCCCUUCUCCAUCCGCCUCACCAGCGAGUCCGGCAAGGAGCUCGUCGCCAGCGACGUCAUCCCGGAGGACUGGAAGCCCGACACCGUCUACCAGUCCAACAUCCAGUUCUAG